UGCCUGAGCGAAGAGGCCAAGGAGUCGAAACGAAUCAACGCCGAAAUCGAUAAGCAGCUGCGUCGAGACAAACGCGACGCGAGACGGGAGUUGAAGCUGCUCCUGCUCGGCACGGGUGAGAGCGGCAAGAGUACGUUCAUCAAACAGAUGCGUAUCAUCCAUGGCACCGGGUACACAGAUGAAGACAAACGUGGAUUCACCAAGCUAGUGUACCAGAACAUCUUCACCUCCAUGCAGUCCAUGAUCCGCGCCACCGAGACCCUGAAAAUCGGCUACAAGUAUGAGCAGAACAAGGCAAACGCCAUGCUGGUGAAGGAGGUGGACAUUGAGAAGGUGUCGUCAUUCAACCAGCCCUACAUUAGUGCCAUUAAGAUGCUGUGGACAGAUCCAGGCAUUCAAGAGGCCUACGACAGACGCAGAGAGUACCAGCUGUCAGACUCCACGAAAUACUAUCUCUCUGAUCUGGAUCGUAUCGCCGAGCCCUCCUACCUUCCCACCCAGCAGGAUGUUCUGAGGGUUCGAAUCCCGACCACGGGGAUUAUUGAAUACCCGUUCGACCUUCAAAGCAUCAUUUUCAGGAUGGUUGAUGUUGGGGGUCAGAGGUCAGAACGCAGGAAGUGGAUCCACUGUUUUGAAAAUGUGACGUCCAUCAUGUUCCUGGUGGCUCUGAGCGAGUACGAUCAGGUUCUAGUGGAAUCGGACAACGAGAAUCGUAUGGAGGAGAGCAAGGCUCUGUUCAGGACGAUAAUCACAUAUCCAUGGUUCCAAAACUCUUCUGUCAUCCUCUUCCUCAACAAGAAGGACCUGCUGGAGGAGAAGAUCUCCUACUCCCACCUGGUCGACUAUUUCCCAGAGUUCGAUGGGCCCCAAAGGGAUGCCCAGGCUGCACGGGAGUUCAUCCUAAAGAUGUUUGUGGAUCUGAACCCCGACAGCGACAAGAUCAUCUACUCGCAUUUCACCUGCGCCACUGACACGGAGAACAUCCGCUUCGUGUUCGCGGCGGUGAAAGACACCAUCCUGCAGCUAAACCUGAAGGAAUACAACCUGGUGUGAGAUGUGCGACGAGUCCGACACAUGAAUCAGCAUAGAACAGGCACCCACAGAGUGUGCACACACCUACGUCCACACACCACACACACACACACAUACAUGCAUGCAUCAUGUACAUUUUCAGAAACACGGUUCUUUUGAUUUCUCUUUCCCAGCUUCCAGAGUUUUUCUCUUUCUGUCCAGCGGAAUCAUAACAGACGUGUCCUGCUCGUCAUUUGUUUUUUAUUUGUUUGCCAAAGUCUGUCCGCUCAUCCCCGGCAGCUCUCGUCAAAGGCCUCUUUCCCUUUUAUCAAAUUUGACCACCGAAAUAAAGUGGCUCGGAUUUGACAAAGGGCGUUAGACUCCAACGUUCGCGUAUUUCAUGGAAAUGUUGGAUUGGCGGAGCUACGAUGAGAAUGAUCUGUGAUACGCUGGCCUGAAAAACUGGAAGUGACGUUCCUUCCCCUUUCCUGUGCUAUCACUCGCUCCAAUCACGUCAUCUGCUCCGAGCGUUUCUCGGGAAUUCUGCCUGGAUGAACGGAAAAAUGUGGUUUUCACAGCCCUGCAAAAAGACACAAAAAAAAAAAAUCACAACAUAUUUACAUACUUGUACAUGGACACAUGGACUAGUGCUGUGGUGCCGGAAGUUCCGAAACGGAUCCUUCUAGAAUUCCGAGGAUUCCGGCGGAUUCUAGAAUCCAGUGGGUUCCAGCGGGUUCCACUGAUGCUGUGGAGAACCUGUCACUCGCAGAGAUUAUUCUCUCGACGAGGCUAGUCUUCAACUCGCAUCGAUGAAUGUAAACUUCAUAUGAGAGCAUCGCAAAUGCAAAAAAAAAAAAA